AUGGAACAACCAAAGGGCGAGACUGAGUCGGACAGGAGCAACCUGCCCCUGCCGUCGGAGACCGGGUCAUGUGCUGCUGCACCCUUCCCAGUCCUCCCAGCCUCACUCCUGGGCACCCCAGACCCAGCCCACCUGGGGCUCCCUGAGAGCCUGGCCUCGGUCACCGUGCCCAUCCGCCUCGACGCCCUCUCCUACCUGCUGCACAGUGCCCUCCUCGGGGCUUACAGCCUCCAGCAGUCUAUGCCUGCCUGCCCAUGCUCGGCCCAGGACUGCUGCACCCAACCCAGCAUGGCCAAGAGGCCACCCCGGGGCCGCGGUGGGUGGGAAGCAUGGCGCAGGCCAGGCCGAGGCCAGGGCCCGGGCCCGGGGCCAGGUCAGGGCCAGAGUCAGCAGCGAUGGGGCUCAGGGAGGGCUGAGCAGCCCGAGAGAGGCUGGCCGGGGAGGCCUGGGGCUGGUCCCAAGACCCGACCGACAACACCGCCACUGCCCACCCAGGAUGGGAAGAAAACACGAGGCCUGGAGCCCCCUCCUGAGACGCCCCCAACUGCUGAAGACUGGGAAACUGAAUACUAG